GCGCGGGCGGCGCGCGGGGACCGCCGGGAGCGGGGCGGACGCUCGCGCCCCUGCACGCUCGGGCUCUGGAGCUGACAUGGGCGCCGCCGCGUGGGCAUCACCGCCCCUGGCGCUGCGUGUGUCUCUCCUGCUGCUACUUCUGCCGCUCCCGGGGCUGCCUGCGGGCUCCUGGGACCCGGCCGGUUACCUGCUCUACUGCCCAUGCAUGGGGCGCUUCGGGAACCAGGCUGAUCACUUCUUGGGCUCCCUGGCAUUUGCAAAGCUGUUGAACCGCACCCUCGCUGUACCUCCUUGGAUUGAGUACCAGCAUCACAAGCCUCCCUUCACCAAUCUCCAUGUAUCCUACCAGAAGUACUUCAAGCUGGAACCCCUCCAGGCCUACCAUCGAGUCAUCAGCCUGGAGGACUUCAUGGAGAAGCUGGCUCCCACCCACUGGCCCCCUGAGAGGCGGGUGGCAUACUGCUUUGAAGUGGCGGCCCAGCGAAGCCCUGAUAAGAAGACGUGCCCCAUGAAGGAAGGAAACCCCUUUGGCCCAUUUUGGGAUCAGUUCCGUGUAAGUUUCAACAAAUCGGAGCUUUUUGCAGGCAUUUCGUUCAGCGCCUCCUACAAAGACCAGUGGAUUCAGAGAUUUUCUCCCAAGGAACAUCCAGUGCUGGCCCUGCCAGGGGCCCCGGCCCAGUUCCCCAUCCUGGAGGAGCAUAGGUCACUGCAGAAGUAUAUGGUCUGGUCAGACGAGAUGGUGAGGACAGGAGAGGCCCAGAUCCAUGCCCACCUCAUCCGGCCUUAUGUGGGCAUUCACCUGCGCAUUGGCUCCGACUGGAAGAAUGCCUGCGCCAUGCUGAAGGAUGGGACUGCGGGCUCCCACUUUAUGGCCUCUCCGCAGUGUGUGGGCUACAGCCGCAGCGCUGCGGCCCCCCUCACCAUGACGAUGUGCCUCCCGGACCUGAAGGAAAUCAAGCGGGCCCUGAAGCUUUGGGUGAAGGCGCUGAAUGCCCAGUCGGUCUACAUCGCCACGGACUCAGAGAGUUUUGCGCCUGAGAUCCAAGAACUCUUCAGAGGGAAGGUGAAGGUGGUGAGCCUGCAGCCUGAGGUGGCUCAGAUCGACCUGUACAUCCUCGGCCAAGCCGACCACUUUAUUGGCAACUGUGUCUCCUCCUUCACCGCCUUCGUGAAGCGCGAACGAGACCUCCAGGGGAGGCUGUCCUCUUUCUUUGGCAUGGACAGGCCCCCACAGCUACGGGACGAGUUCUGAUCCUGGUUGGAGCGCAUCACCAGUCUGAGCAGCUGGUCACUCCAGCCAGGUCUGGCAGCCAGAACUGCUCUCAGAAUUGACGCCCCCAAAGGAGCAAGCUCCUCUUUGCACCUGCCAAAGACAGAAAAGUAUCAAGGACUUCCUAAAGGAGGAAGACAGACGGUCCAUCUCCCCGGACACAGGACUUCCAUGUUCCUAGGACCCAGACCAUCUGUCCUCCUCGUGUCAUUCCAGCUGUUUCUCCUGGGAAUUUCUCAUACCAGCAAAACAGUCCAACCUCUGUCUUUUGGUCUGCCCUGCUCUGAGCAGCUUGGGAUGCUGAACUCUCUUCAGAGAGAUUUUUUAUAUACCUAUAUAGAGAAAGAUUUUUAUAGUUUUGAUACAAGAUCAUGACUACCCUAGAACGCUCCCUCAUUUAAAAAAACUCAGUGAAGCUCAUUAACGUAGGUACCUAAAGUGACCUUAAUUGAAUGUAGAUGAGGCCGGGGGUGGGGUGGGGAUAUUCACCACUUUUUUAUAUGACCCCCAAAGUGGCCCCCAGACUCAUCCCCACUGCCCGGCCAGAGCCACUGUCAACUCCCCUUCCUGGACCAUUUCCAGGUUUGGGGCCUGAACACUGUCCUCCAUU